AUGUUUUCGCCCUGGUUGAAAAAAAAACCCGAACCAAAAUAUCCAUAUCCACCAGUUCCAAAAAAAAAUAUGGGUGUGGAAAUUGGACCGCCGAUGAUAUUCCCUGGAAUGAAGGAGGGGGGAGCUGGGCAGACGAGGGAGAAGGGAAGGGAGAGAGGAGAAUUAAGAGGGAAGGGGGGGAGAAUGAGGAUCGAAGAGGAAGAUGAGGAAGAAGGGAAGGGAAGAGGAAAGAGAGGGAGGGAAGGAAAGGCGAGUAGAGCAAGAGGAGAGAGUGCGGAGGAUAGAGAAUGGGAGGGAGAAGUGAGGGAGGUGACGGUUAAGGGAGGCGAGGGGGGUGAGGGGGAAGAGGAUAGAGGGAAGAGGAGAGCACGAGAGGGGAGGGGAGAAGCGAAGAGCGAGGGAGAGAGGGUAAAGGAAGAGGGCAGGAAGCGAAGGAGACGAAAGGAGAGGGGAGGCGAGAUGAGGCGUAAAGGAAGGGUGAGGAGAGGGAGGAGAGAAAGAGCGGAAGGGAGAAGAUGGGCAGAAUCAAUAUUAUCAACAGUAAGAGUUUUUUUAGAGAGAAGGGUAUGGAGGGGGAAAGGAGUGCGUGAAGACGAGAGAAAGAGGAUGGCAGAGGGUAGAAGGAUGGCGAGAGAAGACGCAGGAGGGGGAGGGAAGGAGGAGGACGGAGGGGAGGGGGGGAGAGAGAUGGAGAGAGAAGUACGAAGAGAGGGAACCGCAGGGAGGGGCGAAGGAAGGGAGAGAGGGGGGAAGGGAGGGAGAGGGAGACGGGAGGGGGCGAGGCGAAUCAGCGAGGGCGGGAGAGGAGGGGGAGUGAAUGCUAUUUUUUAA